UUAAAGAAAAAUAGGUAGUGCUUACUGACUUUACUUUUAACUUAUGCUUAUUUUUUAUAUCAUGUGUUAAUUUUUUUAUUCUAAUUCAUAUUUUAAACUUAGUUUUGUAUAAUGUAAGUCACAGUAACUCAGUUACCCAAACAGAUAAUGUAAAAUCUCAUUAUUUCAUUCAAUUAGUGCAAAUUUUUAGGUGUUGAUAAUCUUCCAUUACACGUUUUCAAUAUAUGUAUCUUGAUGUCCUUGAUUAACUUUCUUAGUGCAUGAUGUGUGGUGCCGUAUGCAAUAUGCUUGUGUUAUAGUCAUUUUAAUUUUACGCUGGAGGGGAUUUUUACUGACCCUCAACAAUAUUCAAUGAGCUAGAUUGUUUUGAAUACAUUACACUCUAUUUUAGUCAAUGAUUCACCUUUGGAUACCCAGUAUAUGAGUGACUCAGAGACUGAAACUGCCUCAAUGGAGACUACCAGGAUGUACAAAGAUGACUUAGAAUUAUCUCGUAUGUCUUUGUAUCUUAGCUCUCAAGAUCUGAUAAAUAAUUCUCCAGAAGCUGCUCGACACAUAAGGCCUGAAAGCAUAACAUUUGAUUCGACACCGGGGGAUUUAUCUGUGGAUUUUGUACUUGUUUCAUCAUCCAAAGCUAAAGCACCAGUAGACAUAGAUGGUUGGAACCGUAGAUCUGCUUUUGAGGAAAGAAUUAAAGAACAAGGAUUACUUCUCGAAGAAGAUGUUGUUGGUGGGUUGACAUUUGUCAAAGUGCAUGCACCUAUACCAGUGUUACGUAGAUAUUGUGAAAUAUUAAAACUGCGAAUGCCCAUGAAAGAGUAUCCAAUGACUGAACAUAUUCCUGAAAAAGGUUUUGAUCUAAUAGAGAAGAUAAAAAAAAUAAUUGGUCGCAUUAUAAGAAUUUUUAUCACUAUUGAUCCAGGACCAUUUGCACCAACUAAGUACAUUUUGACAGCAGAGUAUUCAAGAGAAAAAAGUUACUUGUUUAAUGAGGAUGAUCCAGAAUUUUUUUCUGCCGAAGUCCGAACAUUAGUUAUAGAUUUCAUUUUAAACAGAGUUAGCUGGGGAAAAGAUCAAACAGAUGGUAAUUGUGUUGGAAUUCAGUGUCUUUUAGAUGGAGGUGUUUAUAGAGCUGCUUAUCCUUUACAUGAUGGAGAACAUACUACUGAAAAUUCAUUACGCCACCAGUUGUAUGUUGAAUGGGCUAUGAUGAGUAAAUGGAUCCGUAAGCAGCCCAUUGAUCAGAUUAAGGAAUAUCUUGGUGUAAAAUAUGCAUUUUACUUCACGUGGUUAGGAUUCUACACACACCUGUUAAUUCCAGCUGCUAUUUUGGGUUUGAUUGUAUUUUUCUAUGGUAUCUUCACUUUUCCUAAUAAUAGAUUUAGUUCUGAUAUUUGUAAUGCAACAGACACAAUAAUGUGCCCAUUGUGUGAUCGUACAUGUGAUUAUUGGGAACUUUCAAAUACCUGUUUUUACGCAAGAUUGACAUAUCUAUUUGACAAUGAUCUUACUGUGAUAUUUGCCUUCCUAAUGUCUAUUUGGGCUACUCUAUUUCUUGAACUGUGGAAACGAUAUUCAGCUACUAUAACACAUCGAUGGGGAUUAACAGGAUUUACUUUUGAAGCUGAGCACCCAAGGCCACAAUACUUGGCACGGUUAUCUGGAUCCAACCAUACUAAAGUGAACAUAAUCACAGGAAAUAUUGAACCAACUGUACCUCUCUGGAAAAAAAUUCCGGCAACAUUAUUUAGCAUUUCUGUUCUUUUAUUAUUAAUUGUGGUUGCCAUUGCUGCUGUGUUUGGAGUUGUGCUAUAUCGUAUGUCUGUUUUAGCAUCACUUAGUCUUACAAACCAAUCUGAUUGGAUGAGUACUUAUAGCAAUAUAUUUAUUCCAACUACAGCAGCUAUCAUUAAUUUGGUUUGCAUUCAAUUGUUAAAUUUGGUUUAUGAUAAAGUUGCUAUUUAUUUGACUGAAAUGGAACUACUACGCACACAAACUGAAUUUGAUGAAUCUUUAACAAUUAAAAUUUACCUAUUCCAAUUUGUAAAUUAUUAUACAUCAAUAAUUUAUAUAGCUUUUUUGAAAGGCAAAAAUGUUGGCUAUCCGGCUAAAUAUUUGCGUAUAUUUGGUCUUCGACAAGAAGAAUGUAGUCCAGGAGGAUGUCUCAUGGAAUUAAGCAUCCAAUUGUUCAUUAUAAUGGUUGGGCAACAAGCAUUAAACACUGUUGUUGAAAUGAUAAUUCCUGUGGGUUUAAAUUGGUUUAAUUCAUUGACUGAGAACACAGGUCGUUUAGAUAAUUUGAAAUCAACGUCUGAAGAGGAAGAUUUGGCUACAGCUGUUAAAAAACCUUGGAUUGAAGAUUACAGACUUUUGGAUUGGGGACCAAGAGGUCUCUUCCCAGAAUAUUUAGAAAUGGUUAUGCAAUAUGGUUUUGUAACAUUAUUUGUUACUGCAUUUCCACUGGGUCCUUUUUUUGCAUUAUUAAACAAUGUGUUUGAAAUGAGAUUAGAUGCAAAAAAAUUUUUGAAAUAUUUUCGUCGACCUAUUCCUCAUAGGGUGCCUAAUAUUGGUGUAUGGUAUCGGGUAUUGGAUAUUUUGGGAAAGUUAGCAGUUAUCACAAAUGCAUUUAUAAUAGCAUUUUCUUCCAAUUACAUACCUCGUAUGGUGUACAUAAGUUUAGCAAGUGAAGACAACACAGAUAAGGGUUUCUUAAAUAACACUUUAGCUUACUUUGAUACCAAAGACUUUGAAAAUGGAAUUGCUCCACUGUCAUCAUCAUAUACAAAUGUUACUUAUUGCCGUUAUAAAGACUAUAGAAAUCCACCAUGGUCGCCUCAGAAAUAUGAAAGACCCACAUUUUAUUAUGAAGUGCUUGUUGCACGCCUCACAUUCAUUGUUAUAUUUCAAAAUAUUGUUUCAUUGGUGAAAGUAGCAGUUCAAUGGUUGAUACCAGAUGUUCCAAAUGCCCUCAGCGACAGAAUUAAACGAGAGUCUUACCUUACUACUCAAAUGAUAAUUAAGAAUGAAGCGAAAAAAGCAGCAGAAAUUGAACACAUGGAUGGUAUGUUGCACGGCGUCAAUUCACCAAAUAGCUUAUAAGACCAAAACUUAUAAAAGGUCUUGAGGUUUUCUUAUUCAUUAUUAAAAUUUAUAUUUUGUUUAACCAUACACUCUGUACAUAAAUACAUUUGUUGUACCGACUAUCUAAGUUAGUGGGGCCCAACCUUUAUUUUUUCAACAGAUCAAAGUAACAAAGUUUUAAAUAAGUUAACGGGACAUUUAUAAUAGGAAAAAUGUAUGUACAAUAAUAAAAAAAAAAAAGGGAAAUUUAAAUAUAUGAAAAUAAUGGUAUUUUUUAAAUAUUUUGUUUUGAUUUAAUAACUUGGACAUAGGUUGGGCAUUGCUAAUAUUAGUCAUUCUCUUCACUCUUGUGUUCAUAAUUUUUAGUAUUAAAUAUGAAGCAUUUUGCAAUCUUGCUUGGUAAUCAUUAACAUUUUUUAUGCAUAAAUCCACAAACAUGCUUGUUUUAAAUGAUAAUUUAAUUUUUAUAAUUUACAUUAACAUAAUAUUUACAAAUGUUGCUAAUUAUAAUGACCAAAGAUUCUCAUUAAAAAUAGAGGUACUUGUUUGUUAUCUUCCUGUCACCAACCCAUAUAAAAUUAUCCCCCUCACUAGUUACUAGCUAGGUAACCCGAUGUACAUUAGCAAUAUAAUUUAUUAUCUAAAAUUUCAAUAUUCAUAAUUAAUUGUCUGCAUUCCGAUGAUAUCUCACAUGAAAGUUAUUCUGCCUAUGUAAUUGUUUAGGUUAACUAUGCUACUAUCAAUUGUAAAUAAUUUAUCAUAGUUAUUAUUUAAAAGUUUUAUAACACUCUAUAAAAAAAUAUAAUAAUAAAAUGGAUGAUCCUAAAUUUCUAACCUAACCUGGUGGCAGAACGAUGACAAACAAAUACUAAAAUAAAUAAGUAUAUUUGUUAUUUAUAUUAUUUUAAAUAUUUUAAUAUAUUUAACAAGGAAUUUCAGGGAUAUUAUUUUUAUACACUUAGUGUUACCUCGCUGAAACAUUGCAAAUGUAUUUAUUGUAGCAGUGUUUCUCAACCUAUGGAUCGCGACCCCAAGGGGGUGGCCACACCUUAAGUAGGGGUUACGUAGGUCAAAAAUAAUAAAACGCUAAUUUACAAAAUCAACAUUUUUAUUUUAAAUUUCUUAUUGUUUAAAAAAAUACUUAUACCUGUAACAAGUUUAAAUUAGGAACUAUACACAAUACACAUGGUAUUUAUAAAUGGUAUAUUUCUUUUGAAUUGGUUAAUGAUAUGGAUAUGAUAUUUUUAUUGUUAAAAUUUGUACUUAAUAUAGAUAGAGGGGUCGAGAAGUGAUUUACCAUAUUUUAUACCUAUUUUUGGGGUCGCAUCACUAAAAAAGUUGAGAUUCACUGUAUUAUAGAAAUAUAUAAUUAAUCGUAAUUAUAGGGAAAUAAGUAGAUAUAAACAACAGAAAAUUAUUGUUUGUGCAAUAUGUGAUUUUUUUAUUUUCUCUAUUAUAAAUUAUAAAUAUUUUUGAUUAAUUGUUGAUGUACCUAUGUUAUUAAAAUUUUCUGUUGUUCGUGUAAUAUAAUAUAUAAUUUCAACAAUUCUUUUGAAACUGUUUUUAAUUUUUCUGACUUCUGCACUAGUUAACAUUAUUCAACAUAAUUAUUUAUAAUAACAAUUUAAUACUUAAUUAGAUUACUGAUUAAAGAUACACUCAAUUUUUUUAUUGAAUUCUUAUACAACUUUUAUUGAACACAUGUACCUAUUAAUUUAUUUAUAUAAACAAUACAAAUGUGAUCAGGAGCGUUCUCAGGAUUUUUCUAUGGGGGGGGGGGGUUCUGAAAAUUUACUUGAAUUUCACAAACAUAUAAUAUCAAAAGUAGAAAAACGUGUAUUACUAAAAUGUAAGAAAACAAAGAUCCUUGAGGGGGGAUCUAUCCCCCAUAUCCCCCCCCCGUGAGAACGCCCCUGAAUGUGAUAUGUUUUAAAAUUAAAUGUUUAACAAUAAAAUAUUUUGUAAUUUAUUUAAAAA